CAGGACAAGGGUGCGUGGGGGAGGGGCCACCCUUAUGCUGGCAGGUCACGCACAUCCCUCUCCUUUACCAAGAUGGCGGCCGGCCCCUCGGCCUCGUACCCAGCAUAGGCUUCGCUGUAGGCCUAUUAGAGCAAAAGCUGGCAGGCUGACAAACAGGCAGCUAACAGGACGGACUUUCUGGCUACUGACCAUUUAGCUGUGGCAUACCCGGAUUGUGUGUAGGUGGGAAAUCGACAAUGAGCUCUGUGGCAGUUUUGACCCAGGAGAGCUUCGCUGAACACCGCAGCGGCCUGGCUCAGCAGCAGGUGAAAGUUGCAGCUUUAAACUCUGAAGAGGAAAAUGACCCUCCAACUUAUAAGGAUGCCUUUCCUCCACUCCCUGAGAAAGCAGCAUGUUUGGAACCUGCCCAGGAACCGGCUGGUGCCUGGAGCAAAAUUCGACCGAUCAAGGCUUCUGUCAUCACUCAGGUGUUUCAUGUACCACUGGAGGAAAGGAAAUACAAGGACAUGAACCAGUUUGGAGAAGGAGAGCAGGCCAAGAUCUGCCUGGACAUCAUGCAGAAGACUGGCGCUCACCUGGAGCUCUCUCUCGCAAAGGACCAGGGUCUUUCGAUCAUGGUCUCUGGCAAGCUGGAAGCAGUCAUGAAAGCUCGGAAGGAGAUUGUCGCUCGGCUUCAGACACAGGCUUCAGCGACAGUUGCCAUUCCCAAGGAGCAUCAUCGCUUUGUCAUUGGCAAGAACGGCGAGAAGCUGCAGGACCUGGAGCUCAAAACUGCAACCAAAAUCCAGAUCCCCCGCCCGGAUGACCCCAGCAACCAGAUCAAGAUCACCGGCACCAAGGAAGGGAUAGAGAAGGCCCGACACGAGAUCCUGCUGAUCUCCGCUGAGCAGGAUAAGCGUGCAGUGGAGAGACUGGAUGUGGAUAAAGUGUACCACCCCUUCAUUGCUGGCCCUUUCAACAAGCUGGUGAGUGAGAUCAUGCAGGAGACAGGGACACGCAUCAACAUUCCACCACCCAGCGUCAACAAGACAGAGAUAGUCUUCACAGGUGAAAAGGAGCAGCUGGCCCAAGCUGUAGCUCGUAUUAAGAAGAUCUACGAGGAGAAGAAAAAAAAGACUACGACCAUUGCAGUGGAGGUGAAAAAGUCCCAGCAUAAAUAUGUCAUCGGCCCUAAGGGGAAUUCCCUGCAGGAGAUCUUGGAGAAAACUGGAGUCUCAGUCGAGAUCCCACCCACUGACAGCAGCUCUGAGACGGUGAUACUGCGUGGCGAGCCUGAAAAACUUGGGCAGGCAUUGACUGAAGUCUAUGCCAAGGCUAACAGCUUCACCGUCUCCUCAGUCUCUGCCCCCUCUUGGCUUCACCGUUUCAUCAUUGGAAAGAAGGGACAAAAUCUGGCCAAAAUCACUCAGCAGAUGCCAAAGGUUCAUAUCGAGUUCACUGAAGGGGAGGAUAAAAUCACCCUUGAGGGACCCACAGAGGACGUGAAUGUGGCUCAGGAACAGAUUGAGGUCAUGGUCAAGGAUCUGAUAAACCGGAUGGAUUAUGUGGAGAUCAAUGUUGACCACAAGUUCCACCGACACCUCAUUGGAAAGAAUGGAGCCAAUAUUAACAGGAUCAAAGAUCAGUACAAGGUGUCUGUGCGUAUUCCUCCAGACAAUGAGAAGAGCAACCUGAUCAGAAUUGAAGGAGACCCUCAAGGUGUCCACCAGGCCAAGAAAGAGCUGCUGGAACUUGCUUCACGUAUGGAAAACGAACGUACCAAGGACCUAAUUAUUGAGCAGAGAUUCCAUCGAACCAUCAUUGGGCAGAAGGGUGAGCGGAUCCGGGAAAUCCGAGAUAAAUUCCCAGAGGUUAUCAUCAACUUCCCAGACCCAGCACACAAGAGUGACAUUGUCCAACUUAGAGGACCCAAGAACGAGGUGGAAAAAUGCACAAAGUACAUGCAGAAGAUGGUGGCAGACCUGGUUGAAAACAGCUUUUCUAUUUCUGUUCCCAUCUUCAAACAAUUCCACAAGAACAUCAUUGGGAAAGGAGGUGCCAACAUCAAAAAGAUCCGUGAGGAAAGCAACACCAAGAUCGAUCUCCCAGCAGAGAACAGCAACUCAGAGACAAUCAUCAUCACUGGCAAGAGAGCAAACUGUGAAGCCGCUCGCCACCGAAUUCUCUCCAUCCAAAAAGAGCUGGCGGACAUCACAGAGGUUGAGGUCUCCAUCCCCUCAAAGCUCCACAACUCUCUCAUUGGUGCCAAAGGUCGCUUCAUUCGCUCGAUCAUGGAGGAGUGUGGUGGGGUCCACAUCCACUUUCCCACAGAGGGCUCUGGCAGUGAUACCGUCACCAUCAGGGGCCCUGCUCAGGAUGUGGAGAAGGCCAAGAAACAGCUGCUGCACCUGGCAGAGGAGAAGCAAACUAAAAGUUACACAGUGGACCUUCGUGCCAAGCCAGAGUAUCACAAAUUCCUGAUUGGCAAAGGUGGUGGCAAUAUCCGCAAGGUGCGUGAUAACACAGGGGCCCGCAUCAUCUUCCCAACCUCUGAAGACAAAGACCAGGAGCUGAUUACCAUCAUGGGGACCGAGGGGGCUGUCAAGGAGGCUCAGAAGGAGUUGGAGGCACUCAUCAAGAACCUGGAUAAUGUGGUUGAGGACUUCAUGGUGGUGGACCCCAAGCACCACCGACACUUUGUAAUCCGGAGAGGGCAGGUUCUCCGUGAGAUUGCUGAUGAAUAUGGUGGUGUGAUGGUCAGUUUCCCCCGCUCUGGCACCCAGAGUGACAAGGUCACCCUCAAGGGAGCAAAGGACUGUGUGGAGGCAGCCAAGAAACGCAUCCUGGAGAUCAUUGAGGACCUGGAAGCUCAGGUGACAAUAGAGUGCACCAUCCCCCAGAAGUUUCACCGCUCCAUCAUGGGCCCCAAAGGUUCCCGAAUUCAGCAGAUCACCCGCGACUAUGGUGUUCAAAUCAAAUUCCCCGACAGGGAGGAGAACCCAGCCCCUGCCACAGAACCAGCCAUGCAGGAGAAUGGAGAGGAGAGUGGGGAAGGAAAAGAAGCUAAGGAAACUGAUCCCACUUCCCCAAAGAAGUGCGACAUUAUCAUCAUUUCUGGCCGCAGAGAAAAAUGUGAGGCAGCCAAAGAGGCGCUGCAGGUAUGUGGUGCUGCUGGGUCUCAGCAGGACUCUCCAGGCUCUUGUAAUCUGCUUGUGCCCUGCAGCAGGAGGCUCUUUGGACCGCCUGUCCCGUUUUUACCGUGCUUGGUCACAUAUACUUCGGACCGCUGGGUCCUGCGCACGGUGGAGAGACGGAUGCGCGUGUACCCGUACUUGGACGACUGGCUCCUCGCAGGCAGGUCGGAGGCUGAGGUCCGCUUCCACAUGACGCUGGCUCUACAGGUGUUCUGCAAGCUCGGCCUACUGGUCAAUGUGCCCAAAUCCUCACUGAUCCCCACGCAGAGACUGGACUUCAUAGGAGCAGUCCUGGACUCGGUGGUGGCACGGAACCUCAGCCCGGGCUCGCUGGCAGAUGCCUUCGUGAUUCUGUGGGGCGGGAGCCUGAGUAUUCCUUCUCAGGAGGAAGUUGCAUUGAAGAGGAUGAAAGAAACAUGUCUGAACAUGCAGGAUCUUCAGGUGAACAUCCAAGUCCCUGCCCCUGAGCUUCGGUCUGAUGUCAUCAGUAUCACUGGGCUUGCUGCGAACUUGGACCGCGCGAAGGCCGGGCUGCUGGAGCGAGUGAAGGAACUACAGGCUGAGCAAGAAGAUCGGGCCUUGCGAAGCUUCAAGCUGACUGUCACUGUGGACCCAAAAUACCACCCUAAAAUUAUUGGAAGGAAGGGGGCAGUGAUCACCCAGAUCCGCACGGAGCAUGAGGUCAACAUCCAGUUUCCGGAUAAGGAUGACGAAAACCAGUCCCAGGAUCAGAUCACCAUAACUGGCUAUGAAAAGAACACCGAGGCAGCCCGAGACGCCAUCAUGAAGAUUGUGGGUGAGCUGGAGCAGAUGGUCUCUGAGGAUGUGAUGCUGGACCAUCGUGUUCAUGCCCGCAUCAUUGGAGCACGGGGCAAAGCCAUCCGCAAAAUCAUGGAUGAGUUCAAGGUGGAUAUCCGCUUCCCCCAGAGCGGCGCGUCUGACCCCAACUGUGUGACUGUGACCGGGCUCCCUGAUAACGUGGAGGAAGCAAUAGAUCAUAUCCUGAACUUGGAGGAGGAAUAUCUGGCUGAUGUGGUGGACAAUGAGGCUAUGCAGGUGUACAUGAAACCCUCCGCGCAUGAGGAGUCCAAGGCCCCAUCCAAGGGAUUUGUGGUGAGAGAUGCCCCCUGGGCAGCUGGCAACAAUGAGAAGGCCCCUGAUAUGAGCAGUUCUGAAGAUUUCCCCAGCUUUGGGGCUCAAGUGGCCCCCAAGACUCUUCCCUGGGGCCCCAAACGAUAAUGACCUGGAAGCAGAAACAUCUCCUCCAGCUAGCUGACCUGACACUAACCUGCCACAAAUACUUCCUGUUUGAAUUCUGACCCAGCGGCUGGACCACAAGUAAAUUGCCCUGCGAGGUCUCCUAAUGCUGUGUGGAGUGCUAGAACCCAUUCUACUUGUCUGUUGUUACUGGGUUUAGAACCUACUAUAAAUGGAUAGUUCUCUUCCCCUCUCCCCCGUCCCCCUCCCCCCCCCCCAAAGCUUUCCACUCUGAUUCAGACACAGCUUUUUGUUUGAAACGUCAUAAGUGACUUUCAUCUGGUCAGCUUCACAACUACCGAAGUGGUGACAGUGAUCAGAUAGCUUGAGCAUGUCUUGCUAGGCACUCCAACCUUCAUUAGGAGACCUCCUUUACUGUGGCUAGGAAUCAACUUCCUGUCUCAUGACCUCAGGAAAUAAAUUUCCUUGACUUUCUAAAAGCCAAAACGUUUGCCCUUUUUCCUUUGUGUUUAUCCUGGACCUUACCUUACUAUUGUAGAGUGCAAUCAGCUUUUCCUUUGAACUGCCAAAAAUCCAUCUAACAGUGAUAGUGGAUGUGGGGAGUGAGCUACAAGUCUAAAGCUUAGAAACUGCUUUUAAAGGAACAAUACAAUAAUCUGUAGAAGCAACGACACUGGAAGGGACCAGCAGUGACACAAGGGAUCCCCUGGUCAAGUAGAAAAGCCUUUAAGUGAUAUGUGACACUGAGCGUGUCCAUGUGUAGCAUUGAGAGCCUUGAUUCUCACAUGCACACUUGAUGAGUCUUCCAACAUGUGAGAGUAAAAAAUACAGCUACUUCCCACUGUUCCCUUUUCUCCCCUGUUUGUUCUUCCCAACAGCAGCAGAGCUGGUCAGAGCCAGGACAUGACAGUAUUAUGGGGUGCAACAGAAUUUGGGUCAGCCCAGGUUGCUAUGAUAACAUGGCCCAGGAGCUAGCUGAUAGGAACUGCAAUGCUGAAGCUACAUAAUUUUCCCCCUCCUGCUGACAGCAUUUGGACACAAGGGGUAGGGAAUUUGUCACUAUUUGCUAUUGCCUUUCUACCUCAAAAACCAGUCUGGGGGUGGCCUCCUAGUCUAGAGCAUCAGCACUGAUGCUAACCUGCUCAUCUCACUGUGGGGGCCAGAGCUGAAUUCUCUGCACCGGGUGCAGGGAGAGCCGAAGAGCAUCAAUCAGCAUAUGAAGCUGUUGGAAACUCACAUGCGCGUGAAACUAAGAGCAAGUUACGGUGUAACAUACUCCCACCCCUUAGAGCAGUAGGACUCAGCCAGAAGGUGGGCUUGGUUUCAGGGAAGGGAAGAGAGGCAGGUUGCAUGUCAGCUCUGAGCUACAGAAAGUCAAGCUGCUCUGAAGUACACAGAGGCAAAGAGUGCAGGGAGCACUAAGGCCCAGGGCUUGCCACUGUAUGUGGUGAAUCCCAUGCUCAGUACCAUAGCAUCUUGGUCCCUGAGUUGCUGAACCCUAAGCACUGCCACAGCUUGCUCAAAGGAGGCUUCUCUAGUGAGCUGCUCACUCGGCCAGAGAGAAAUUGUGUUUGGUGUGGUGAGGGAGUGGGGUCUCCUCCUUUCCUACCUCCAUUUCCCUACUGCUUCAGCGCCUGUGCAAGCAAGUCUCCAGUCUCUCCCCAAUAAUGCUGACUGGGGCAAGGGUCAUUAUGUUGAAAGGCUGGCCCCAGUUCUCUUGCUGUUCCCAGCACUGCACCUGUGUUAAAAGUGAGGCUUAGAAAUGCUGACAUUUCUUCUUUUCCCCAACCCCCUCUGCUCUAGCCCUCUUCGGAAGAGGACCUUAGCCCAGAAGUCAGACACCAAAAUGUCCUGAUGCUUACAGUGAAGUGGAGAAUUGUGGUCAACUGAACAAGCCAGGUCCCAGAACUAUGCAAAGGCAGUGGUGACUAACUUGACCACAUAUCAGCCCCAUGGUAGAUGUCUAAAGGGGGGUGGCUGACCAAAUGAGGGUAGUGCCCUAAUCCCCUCCUUUUCAGCUAAAGGGACUUUGAAAAGGGCUAGACAACCCAGAUGGGGAAGGGGUAUAUCUAGAGGUUAUCAAGCCUUCCCUCCUUCUCUUCCCCCCCCUCCGCAAAAAAAAACAACCCCCUCCCCCCCCAUCAGUUGCCCCGCUUGGCUUGAAUUAAAUUCAGGGUCCCCUACAUGCUAAAAGUCAUGAAGUGAUUGUACCUAGUACUGUCUCCUGCUGCCCCUCAGUCUGUAGCAGAUGCUCUGGUAUGUGCUCCAUUUCCUUUAUUUUCAACGUCUUCCAUAGUGUAUGUUUCCAUGGCAAUGAUCCCUUGGCCUUAACUUUGGAAUUUGGAGACUAUAUGCAAACAUGUAAAAAGGCUCAUGAGUAUGGAUGACACUGGAAUUUUAUAAAUUCUAAAAUAAAAACCUGAAACAGC